CGACGGCACAGGGCCCACAACACCCAGUGGGUGGGGGGAAAAACCCCAUGCCUCUUGUGAGUUGCCACCUGCACAAGGGUGUCUUAGGCCCGUUCACCGAGGGAGGCUGGCGAGUGAACCUCUCCCGUUCCGGCAGCAGGACUGCUCUGCCGCCACGCAGUCCUAGUCGGCUUGGUCCGUAGUGUAAAGCCAAGGGAAAGUCCAGCCUUCUCCUUAAGGAGGGAGAGGGCGCGGAAGGACAAAAGGCGGGGCAUCUGCCUGGGAACAACGGCUUCCGGCGGAAACGAGGAUUCCUUCCGGUGCGGAAAAGGGGCGGGGCGUCGGGGUGGCCCCGGCAACGGCGCUUGGGGCUUCCAAGAUGGCGAAUUUCUCGGUUGAGCCCCUUUUCAGAUUGCUGUACUCCUUGGCGAUCCCUGCACUGAUAGCAAGUGGAGUUUUAUGUCUCUGCCUGUUGAUGCUGUUGUGUGGUUUACGGCUAUGGUUCCAACGAAGGAAAAAGCAGCUAAUUUUAUCAAGACAACAUGGGAAAAAACCGUUUGUAAUUGCAUUUUUUCAUCCAUAUUGCAAUGCAGGUGGUGGAGGGGAGCGAGUAUUAUGGUGUGCUCUAAGAGCACUGCAGAAAAAGUAUAAAGAUGCCUGCUAUGUUGUUUAUACUGGUGACACUGAUGCCACUGCUGAGAACAUCCUCGAAAGAGCUUACAGGCGCUUCAACAUUAGAUUAAGUCAACCUGUGAAGUUUGUGUUCUUGAGCAGACGUUACCUGGUGGAAGCCUCCCUUUACCCAAAUUUCACUCUGUUGGGUCAGAGCUUAGGAUCUGUGUUUCUUGGCUGGGAAGCUCUUAUGAGUUGUGUUCCUGAUGUUUAUAUCGAUUCCAUGGGUUAUGCUUUCAUACUUCCUCUCUUUAAAUAUUUGGGAGGUUGUCGGAUAGGCUGUUAUGUGCACUAUCCUACAAUCAGCACUGACAUGCUUUCUGUAGUGAGGAAUCGGAAUGCUCGAUUUAACAAUGCAGCCGUCAUUACAUCAAACCCCCUGUUAAGUAAACUGAAACUCAUAUAUUAUUACAUUUUUGCUUCCAUAUAUGGACUGGUUGGUUCCUGCAGUGAUGUCGUCAUGGUUAAUUCAUCAUGGACGCUCAAUCACGUUCUUUCCCUUUGGGACUGCAGUGAUCGCACAAGCAUUGUGUAUCCACCCUGUGAUGUUCAGGCCUUCCUGGAUAUUCCACUGCAUGAGGAGGAGAGCUCUGUAGAGCAAAACAUUGUUUCUGUUAGCCAGUUUAGGCCGGAGAAAGACCACCCUCUGCAGAUCAGAGCCUUUGCUAAGUUGUUGGAGAAGAUUGCAGGGCAGCAGCUACAGCCAAAACUCAUUCUAAUCGGGGGCUGUCGUAACCAUGAAGAUGACCAGCGUGUAAGUGGACUUAAAAAGCUCUGUCAAGAACUGGGGGUUGAAAAGGGUGUAGAAUUCAAGGUUAACAUUCCAUUUGAGGAGCUCAAGCAGCACCUGGCAGAGGCAGCCAUCGGGCUUCACACCAUGUGGAACGAACACUUUGGGAUUGGGGUUGUUGAGUGUAUGGCAGCUGGCACCAUCAUCCUUGCUCACAAUUCUGGAGGCCCCAAACUGGACAUUGUGGUGCCCUAUGAAGGAAAUAUUACAGGCUUUCUGGCAGAAAAUGAAGAUGACUAUGCAGACAUGAUGGCUCAUAUCUUAACACUGUCCCCUACAAAGAGGCUAGAAAUCAGACAAAAUGCUCGUCAGUCUGUGAAGAGAUUUGCUGAUCAAGAAUUUGAGGAAGCAUUCCUAAUAUCUGUGGAACCACUAUUUAAAUAAAAUAUUUUGUAUAUAUGGUAUCUGGA